AUGAACCCCCAGGCAAAACUAAUUUUCACCACCAGCCUACUCCUGGGCACAACCAUCACAAUCUCGAGCAGCCACUGAAUCUUAGCCUGAACCGGCCUCGAAAUCAACACACUAGCCAUCCUCCCCCUAAUCUCAAAAUCCCACCACCCACGAGCCAUCGAAGCCGCCACUAAAUACUUCUUAGUUCAAGCAACCGCCUCAACCCUAGUCCUAUUCGCCAGCAUGACCAAUGCAUGAUCUACUGGACAAUGAGAUAUCACUCAAUUAACCCACCCAAUAUCCUGCAUAAUCCUAACCUCAGCCCUCGCAAUAAAACUAGGCCUAGUACCAUUCCACUUCUGAUUCCCCGAAGUCCUCCAAGGCUCCCCCCUUACCACAGGACUACUUCUAUCCACAGCCAUAAAACUCCCCCCAAUCGCCCUACUCUUCAUAACCUCCCCAUCACUCAACCCCACCUUACUUACCACUAUGGCUGUCCUUUCUGCGGCCCUAGGUGGGUGAAUAGGCCUAAACCAAACCCAGACCCGAAAAAUCAUGGCCUUCUCCUCCAUCUCCCACCUGGGAUGAAUAACCAUUAUCCUGGCCUACAAUCCCAAACUCACCCUACUAAACUUCUACCUCUACGCCCUAAUCACCGCAGCCGUAUUCCUAACCCUAAACACCAUUAAAGCCCUAAACCUCCCCACACUAAUAACUGUAUGAACUAAAACCCCCUCACUAAACGCAAUACUCCUACUAACACUCCUCUCCCUGGCAGGCCUUCCCCCCCUAACAGGCUUCCUCCCAAAAUGACUCAUCAUCCAAGAACUAACCAAACAAGACAUAGCCCCUACGGCAACAAUCAUAGCCCUGCUAUCCCUACUAAGCCUGUUCUUCUACCUGCGCCUUGCAUAUUGCGCAACAAUCACACUCCCCCCACACACCACAAACCACAUAAAACUGUGACACACCAAUAAACCGGUCAACGCCUCAGUAGCUAUUCUAGUCACCACAUCCACCAUACUCCUACCUAUCUCCCCCCUAAUCCAUGCCAUCAUCUA